CUCAGCCAUACUGUCAGGAGUCAGUCCGGAAAUCAUCAUCCAAUUAAUAUCUGCAGAGGCCCAUCCUCACCUCCUAACAACGUGAGGGCUCCUAUUUCAAACGAGAAGCUACUCGAAUUCGACACUUUUAUUCUCGCCUAUAAUUAAUCCUCAACACAAAUUUCCCUCCCACCACCUCAUCCCAAAAGAGCUCUACAGGUGCCUCCCCCUCUUGGACUGUUGUACCGUACCCCUCAACACAAUAUUGCUCGAUUAGCCCCGCCCAUUUGGUCUUCUAGGAACGUUUGCAAGAUGAGUAGUAUUCCACCUUAUUUCAUGACAGACCAUCCGCCAAUUGACACUUCUUCAUAUUUCGAUUGUUAUCAACAACAUCAGCUGCCACUUCAAUAUACAUUCACUUCAUCUUCAAAUUCAAACACCUCUAACUCUUCAACAUCGCCUUCUCACAUCUCGGAUCAAUUUUCAUCAUCUGGAGGUCCGCCCUACGAGCUUUCGUCUCAUAUUCUGACACCGUCUUCUGUAAUUCCGACUCCUUCUCCGUCGGUGGCAUCUGCUUCAAUCAGCUCACCGACUAUUCCAGCUUUUGGGUGCACAAUGUCCGAAUAUUCAAUGGAACAGAUGGAAGCAAUCUCCACAUCCCUGUUUCAAGCUAGAGAUGGUGAUCGAUUGGUAGCAUUCUUCAAGCAGUUGGAGUCAUUGUACGGACCAAAUGCAGUAGAUCAUUUGCGAAGUGAAGCUAUCAUCGUAGCCUACACAUAUGCCUUAUAUCAUUCCAAUGAAUUCGAGACACUCUUCCACCUUCUCUCGAAUCGACAUUUUCAACAGCGUCAUUACAAUGAUCUACAAGAUAUUUGGCAUCAUGCAAGGUACAAGGAAAGUCAGCUGAAACGUGGCAAAGAACUGAAUCCAGUGGAAAAAUAUCGGCUGAGACGAAAGUUUCCGGCUCCGAAAACAAUUUGGGAUGGUGAGGAGAUUGUGUACAGUUUCAAGGAUUCGAGUAGGAAAUUUUUGAAACAAUUUUUCCGCAACGUCUCUGAAUAUCCGACCCAGGAGCAGAAAAGAGAGAUUUCAAGAGCAACAGGACUCAAAAUUGUACAGAUUUCAAAUUGGUUCAAAAACCGUCGCCAACGGGACAAAUCGAACAAUUCAGCCAAAUGCUCCCCACCUUCCAGCUCGAGCAGCACUAAUGGUGGCAGUGACUUUCUUCCAAUAAUAACUCCGCAAAGCUUUAACUUGGCAGCUGCUCCAUUCAAUAUGAACAUGAUCUAUGGUACAUUACGUGACAGUCAGUCUGAUAAUGAUCAAUUCACUUUCAAUCCGUAAUUUUUUUUAAAAUAAAAGUAAAGUAUUUACCCAUUGUAUAUUUGAAAUGCUUUAAAAGUGCAAAAAGAAUAAACUGUUAUUU